GGAAAGUAGUCGAAGCAGAACAUCAGACAAACGCUCUACAACUACAACGACAAGGAUUUGAGCAGCCGGGUUCUGGUGAGUCAGUGGCGACUAUGGUCAGUACUGCAUUGGAUGUUGACCUAGGAGUUGGCGAAGACGGAAUAAGCCUUCUGGACGCUUCUUCAAUGACCACAGUAACGACUGAUGGAGCGGUGACACCAAGUGGUACUGCCACAGCCGCGCCGCAGAGUAAACCAGAGAACAGCAGCGCUGAUAAAGUACAGAAUCUUCAGGAUGGACAGCAUCAACAAAAUCAAAAUCCGAAGAACCAAAAAAAGGGUAGUCGUGGUGACUAUGCCUUUUUGCAUUUUCCAGAAGUUGAGCCUACGGUGAUUGCAGAAAUGAAAGAGGA